GUUAAGCUGAUCAAGCCAAGAAAUGGUGCAGAGCAACAAAUAACAGCGACACAAGUCAAACACGCUUAAGAAAACAAUCAACACGAUCAGGGAGAGAGCUGUCUAUUUUCGUCGAGUUAAAACCAAGCCCACUCACAAUUUUCCCGUCCAUUCCAUAUGCGUUCCUUCAUUACCAAUUCUAGUGGAGUUCUAGUACUAAAGGCAAGUUGUCAAGAUACCUGUCUUCCUUUCAUUACAAGUUAUUCGCUGUAGUGGGGAGUUUGUAAGGCCCUGUUUGCCCAAAGACGAGAUACAAAAUGUCUGCCGCGAACCAGACGACAGAUGUCAUGAUAGACAAAUGGCCGAACACAGGCUUGUCAGGAUUGACGGUGUGAAGGUUGGCCAUGUUCAGGAAGUUGAGUUAGAGGAAGGCCGACGGUACACCAUGAUAACCAAGGCCAUGAAGCCUGUCAUGUUUGAAAUCCCGAAUUUUCUUAGCAAUGAUGAAUGCGAUUACAUCAUAAAGCUAGCCAACCUAACUGGUCUGGAGCAGAGUGUAGCAGGUUUUAUUAAGGACAGAUAUGAUGGUGAGCUGGACCAACAGAUCAAUGCUGUAGACGAAACCCGACCAGCUGAAGGUCCUGAUGAACUGCGCGCUGAAAAAUUCGAUUGGUGGGACGAAAACAACGAUUCUGUUAUAGAUGAACAAGAGAUAAUAAGGUUUGCGAGGAAUUAUGACAAACUUUAUCUGAAGAAACAAGAAAUCCAAGACAUGCUCAAACGAAUAGGUUUUCAAGGAUAUAAAAAAUGCGAGAUAACCAGAAAAGAGUUCGAAGAACGAGGGAUCAAGAAGAUCCUUGCUUACAUGCAUUUCCUCAAGGACAAACACCCUCUACAUCGCCAUCGACUCAGCGAUCAAACCUGGCUGUAUAGAAAUAUGAGUGACCCAGUAUUAAGCCGGUUAAUAAACAGAGUAACAAAGCUGACAAGACUGCCGAGGAAGUUCGUGCGUGCUAGCGAAGCAAUACAGGUGGUUCGAUACCAGCAGAACGGUCAUUAUCACGCACACAUGGACUCAACGCCGAUACGAAAUGACGAGCUGUACUGCUGUCAUCAAAACUUGUACAAGAAAAAAGAAUGCAAACUAUGCAGGUUCAUAACUAUUCUGUAUUAUUUAAAUGACGUGGAGUCUGGAGGAGAAACAGCUUUUCCUAUCGCUGACCAAGACACUCGUCCUCUUGACAAGAGGUUAGUAGACCCCGGCAUCUCACACGACGAGCUUAACCUCACUGAGCAUUGCCAAAAUGCAUCCCUAGUCCUCCCCCCUAAGAAGGGCACAGCAGUGAUGUGGUACAACCAUUAUGUAGACACAGACAGUGGUUACCUUGGGGAUCUGGAUGAGUUCUCUGUUCACGGUGGAUGUGAUAUUAAAAAAGGUAUGAAAUGGAUAGCUAAUAAUUGGAUCAAUGCUCCUGUUGCCAAAACAGCACAUAUCAAGAGCAUAUAUGACGUAGAUGAUCAUUGAUGACGUCAUAAUCACUGGUCCUAAAGACAUCAGGAGUAUAUAUGAGGUAGACGAUCAUUGAUGACGUCAUGACCAAAUUGCCUUGGUCAUAAUUAAAAAAACAGUGCAUAUCAGGAGUAUAUAUGACGUAGAUGAUCAGUUAUGAUGUCAUAUCAUUGAUAACGUCGUGCAAAACAGCCGACAUCAAGAGUAUAUCGACGAUGUCAUAGAAGACAGUCAAUAUCAAGAGAAUAUAUGACGUACAUGAGGAUGUCAUAAUCAUUGCGUCUGUUAUACAAGACAGUCUGGCAUCAAGAUUAAAUAUGACGAAGAUAAGCAGAUAUGAUGUUAUACAAAACAGGCGACAUCAUGAGUAUGUGUAUUACGUAGAUGGUCAGUGAUGAUGUCAUAAUCCUUAAUUUCUUUGCGAUACGCGAUCACGAUUAUAUAAUAUAUGUGGCGUAGAUGAAAAAUGGAAGUAAAAAUAAAGUAUUUGUAUUUCUUCGCUUCAAACCUGGCUCCAGUCAGUUUGAAUCACCCAAAGACUUGAUUGCUGUUGCUGGACUAAAAGAAUCGAAGGCCAGCGGUUUGCAAGACUAAACAAUAACCCAACUGAAGAUGGAAUACUUUCAUAUGAAAUAUUGAACUAAAAAAAUAGUAAAGUGAGUUUUCUCCCUAUUCUGUGUUCUGUUACGACAUAUAUCGUUUCACUUCAACAGAACAUAUAGAGGAUAUUACAUGGGCGCGCGGAGAUACGAAUUUUAUCUUGUCGUGUUCAAUUGCUCACCCGUGGCCUGAGAUAUCUAAAUUGAACACGAGAAGAUAAAAUUUGUAUCUCCA